AAAUAUUAUUAAUUAUUUAUGUGUUAUGCAUAUAAUAUACUGUCAAAUUCAACUAUUUUUGGCUAAAAAAGGGUCUUAAGGUUUAACAUAUUUAUUAUUGAAAACCUAAAAAGCAAUUAAAAAUAUUAAUUAAAAUUUUAAAAACUCGUGCGAUAGUUCCGGAGGCGCUCGCAGACACCGCGAUCGACGUCUUCCCUCUAUAUAAAGGUCUCAGCAUCCAAGUCUGCACAAACCAGAAUCUCUUGAGAAUGGAUAUGGAUAAAAUUUUGGAUGAAUUUCAAGAAGAAGAAGAAGAAGAAGAAGCUCCAAUCCAUGGAGACGUUUUGGAAGCCAUUCUUGCGCGGGUGCCGCUCGUCGAUCUUGUCCCCGCGAAUCGCGUUUCCAGGUCAUGGGAGCGCGCCGUUACGUCGUCCCUCUCGCGUGUCAAUGCGCCAAAGCCCUGGCUCUUCGUUCACGCGCAGAAUCCUCGCUCCGGGGUCCCGAUCACGCACGCGUACGACCCUCGCUCGCGAGCGUGGCUCCAGAUCGAUCGGCCGUCGAUUAAGCACGCCUCUGCCAUUCGAUCGAACAACUCCAAUCUCCUCUACGAGCUCUCGCCGUCGCACCUGGCCUUCUCCGUCGAUCCUCUCCACCUGGAAUGGCACCGCACGGACGCUCCUCGCGUGUGGCGGACGGACCCGAUUGUCGCGACCAUUGGCUCUCGCAUCGUCGUCGCGGGCGGUGCUUGCGACUUCGAGGACGAUCCCCUAUCGGUCGAGAUGUACGACAUCAGGACCGGCGCGCGUGACUCGUGCCAGUCGAUGCCGGCGAUGUUCAAGUACUCCGCCGCCGCCACGUGGCUCUCGGUCGCCGCGGACGGUCGCGAGCUCUUCGCCACGGAGAAAGCCUCCGGCGUAACGCACUCAUUCGAUCCGGAGACGAAAUCGUGGUGCGGUCCGUACGAUCUGCGGCCGGACCCGAGCGUCUUCUUCUGCGCCGUCGGAUUCGCCGGCGACCGCCUGAUCCUGGUGGCUCUGGCGGGAGACGCGGAGAGGCUGGGAGGCGUAAAGAUAUUCGAAGUGAACCGCGAGAGCUUCGAGAGGGACGAGAUUGGGGAAAUGCCGGAGGAGAUCCUGGAGAAGCUGAGGAGCGAUGAUUCGCCGGUGUCGUCGGUCGAUGUUUGUAUGGCGGAGGGUUACGUGUACGUGAUAAAUCCUUGCGAACCUAAGGAGGUGGUGUUCUGCGAAUUGGGCGGUGUGAGAUGCAGGUGGGGGAGUGUGAGAAACCGGGUGGUGGAAGAUGAAGGGAAGAGGAUGGAGAGGGUGGUGUACAGUUGCUCGAAGGUGGUGAUGGACGAUCUGCAGAAGGCGUUGAGGUCUGAUCGCAUCGGAAGAUUUGUGGUGAAGUGGAUAGAUGAAAGUUGACUCGUAUGCUUUUACCUAUGUAACUAAAAAGGAGAUAAUGUUUGAAGGGAGACUGUUUUCAUAAAGCAAA